GCAUAAACGAACCUUCUGUUUCGUCUUGUCGAUAAAUUUCUAGCUAUGGAAGACUUAAGCGGGAAAAAUGUAACUGAAAAGGAAGAGGAGGACUGCUAUGCAAUCGUGGGUAACAUUCCAAAAGAAUUUCACUCUUCUGAUUUGCGAGCAAUGUUCUCUAACUUCAUCAACGAUGAAUCAAAGGGUUUUAAGUGUUUCCAUUUCCGUCAUCGUCCUGAGUUCAGACAUGAGGCGGGAUCGAGUGGCGAAGAUAAAGAAAUUAAGACGUCCUCGACCACGUGCUGUGUCAUAUUUAUCCUAAAGACAAAUCUUCAAGACCUAAUCAAUUGUUAUCAUGGCAAGAACUGGGUUGACCGACAUGGAAAAUAUUUCCCUUCUAAGGCAUUUAUAUCAAAAAUCAGAGUUAAAGAAGGAGAAGGUUCUUCAGAAGACCUUUAUAGAACAAAACAAGAAAAAAAACAAAAUCUUUCUCCAAGGACAAACUUAGAGUUUUCACAACAUGACCUUAGAGAAAUGAUAGAGCUUCACCCUCCUGCUUUGAUGCCCAAUGGAAAUGUUGGAACAUCCUUGUCUAUAUUUAGGGAAUUGAUAAGAACUUGCAAGCUACCUCCUCAUGUGAUCAAAAAACUAGAUCUUAAUUUUUCUAUUGGAAAGUCCAAAAAGAAGUACAGCAAUGUUCCACUGGAUUACACAAGCCUGGAAAAAGGAAGGGUUCUUUUGAAAUCAGCACCAAAUGACAGAGACCACCACUUGGGAAUGAAUGCAAAACAAAGUGAUUUACUGAGGGAGAGUUCUUUGUUAACUACUGAUAGACCAGAAACUCAAAGUUCCAAACAGGAUAAUGAUGAAAAUGUUUCUGAGAGAGAAGAUAAUGAUGUGGUUUAUGCCAGUGGUGGUAAUGGUGAGAGCGAUGAAGAGGAAUGGGAGAGACAUGAAUCAUUGCACAAUGAUGUCACAAGUCAGGAACGCACAAAAGAGAGAUUAUUUGAAGAGGAUAUUGAACUUAAGUGGGAGAAAGGUGGUAGUGGGCUUGUCUUUUACACUGAUGCAGCAUUUUGGAAACAACAUGAAGAAGCAGACUUUGAUGAGGAAACUGCAGAUGAUUGGGAUGUGGAUAUGGAAAUUUAUGAAAAUCCAGGUGGAGGUGACAAAGAUUCCAGAGACCUUCUUCAGAUGCGUAUAGAAAAGCAAUGGAGGAAGGGAAAUGAUAUUGACUUAAAUCAAAUAGGAGGGUUUGAGAAACACACUAAAGGAUUUGGAGGCCAAAUGAUGAGAAAGCAAGGCUGGAAAGAGGGUGGAUGUCUUGGUUCAUCUCAGAAAGGAAUCACAGAACCUGUUUUUGCUGAAGGACAAUUACCAAAGUGUAAGAGAGGCUUGGGUUACUAUGGUGAGAAGUUACAGCGACAUGUAAAACGAACAAAAGUUGAAAGAAUUAUAUCAACUGUUUACGAUGAACUGGAGAGCAAUGAAGAGAAUCUGUUUGAAUCUUGGGGACCUGAUAAACUAAAGAAUCGAGUGGCAAAUGAAUGAGCAGCAAAAGUAGUUGGCAUGCCUCCCCUUAGUAGGUGGUCGACAACCUUUAGUGACCAUUUUGUUAAAACUGGGUGAAAUUGAAUUGGGGAAGAGGGGAAGUUGUAUGGAAGGUGUUAAAAGAAAAUAAGAAAGUCAUGGUGUGUGCCAAGACUAUUGCCACUUAUUGUCAGUAGGUUUUAACCUCCUGCAGUAGGUUAAAAUGCCCAGAAAAUAAUUUAUUUAUCUAAACCUUAUAAAAAUUGAAUAUAGGAAUUUAUGAUACUUACCACUUAUUCAUUUUGAGCUCUCAAGAGUAACUUAACCUUUUGAAAAUUGUUUUCAAAUGUUCUAAAAACUGGACUUCUCUGUUGAUGCUGUGAUUUUGAAACAUCCAUGGAAAUUAAGCCACCAACUGUGAAGUCUUUCUCCUCUUCUGUUUAUCUUUUGGCAAUCUUUUUAACCAUUGGGAGCUAUAGAUGAAGGUAUUCUUGACUCAAAUGAUUAUGCUUUUGUGGAAAUAAUCAGACCAGUAGCUGUUUGUGAAUUGCACUUAGUGGUUUGCAUGUGCAGCUAUGUUACUGAGUUUUUUUGGGUGUAAUUGCACCUGAGUAGUUGAAACUUAAGUAUGUUUGAAGACAAUUUAAGAAGAGUUGGUCACUCUGAAGAGUCCCAGAAUGCAAACAAAGUUAUUAGGUAUUCUUUAGAAUACUGGUGAUACAAGUUACCUGGUUUCUGGGAUAUACUUCUCCUAUUAGUACAUAUUUAGGCUUUCGAAGGAGAACUUCCACAAAAACUUGAGAAUAAAAUUUUAUUGACUUUUUUUUUUUGGUUGAAAAUUUCAACACUUGUCUCAAGUGACUUACCAGUGGGAAACUCCACUUACAAAGAACUGUUUAACUGCAAGGUUUAGCAAGACCAUAUUCACAUUUUUACAUUUAUAACACAUAUUGUAAGUUACAUGUUUCCUAGUUCUAUCAAAGGCCUGAAAGGAAUGGAACUUAAGACUUUAAACUGUCAACAGGAAGUAUGAUUUUGAACAAUGUAAUGUUAAUUGAAUUGAAUAUUCUUGCAUGCAUGCAGGACUGAAACUUCUAGAGUAAAUAUCCACACAUUUCUUUACACACCUCUCUUUUUGAACAAAACAAGCUUGGUUGAUUUGACCAUUGUCAAAAACUCAAUUCUGAAGUGAGCUAGACACCAAUAGAGAUGAUUAAGCAACACAGUCUCCACCAUUAUAUUGAACACUAUUCUGUAGAGUUUAUUUAUUAUGAAGCUCAGAAAACUGUGAACACUCUUUGAAAAAUAUUUUUGAAAUUAGUUAUGCGGUUGAAUCAGCCAAUCAGUUGUGUGAACACUGAACUGUCAGUGGUCAUUAUUAAUAGUAAUUUCUCUGGGGUAAUGUGUGUUACCUGAUCUCCAACAUGAUAUAAUAAACAUUCCUUAAAUGG